GAGGCGGACUGACGGGCGUGAUCCGGAUAGUAGCGCGCGGGACACCGAGGGGAGCAGAUCUAUCCGAAAGGAGGGACCAGUCCAGCAGCUGCUUUUAGGAGGUUCUUACACCCACCACCGAGUUUCCACCCCAAACCAACUCUUCUCUCUGCGGUCUCAGCCAUCCAGCGCAUCCAGCCUUGGGGAGAUGACCACGAAAAGACGAGCCGAUCCGGAGUCCCGGUCCAAACAUCCAGAAGAUGCUCUUGGCACCACCGCGACUCGCCUCCCUGGUCUCUCCACAGAGUCUGUAGAAUGAAGACGGAUUAGAUCGAGCUGAAGAAAAGCAAAGAUGACGGUGCCUUUGCUGAAGAUCGGGGUCGUGCUGAGCACCAUGGCGAUGAUCACCAACUGGAUGUCGCAGACCCUCCCCUCUCUGGUGGGGCUCAACACCACCAAGCUCACGGCGGCGCAGGGAGGGUACCCAGACCGGAGCACCGGAGUGCUGCCAGCAAACCCAGAGGAAUCGUGGCAGGUGUACAGUUCGGCCCAGGAUAGUGAGGGGAGGUGUGUCUGCACCGUGGUGGCGCCACAGCAGUCCAUGUGCUCACGGGAUGCCCGCACCAAACAACUGAGGCAGCUGUUGGAGAAGGUCCAGAACAUGACCCAGUCCAUCCAGGUCCUGGACCAGCGCACACAGAGGGACCUGCAGUAUGUAGAGAAGAUGGAGGUGCAGCUCCGUGGUCUGGAGACCAAGUUCAGGCAGGUGGAGGAGAACCACAAGCAGAACAUGGCCAAGCAAUACAAGGCCAUAAAAGCGAAAAUGGAGGAGCUUAGACCGUUGAUACCAGUGUUGGAGGAGUACAAAGCCGAUGCCAAAUUGGUAUUGCAAUUUAAGGAGGAGGUCCGAAAUCUGACGUCAGUUCUAAACGAGCUACAAGAGGAGAUGGGGGCCUAUGACUACGAGGAGCUCCACAACAGAGUGUCAAAUCUUGAGGAGAGACUGCGAGCAUGCAUGCAAAAAUUAGCAUGUGGAAAACUGACGGGCAUCAGUGAUCCCAUCACCAUCAAGACAUCUGGAUCCAGGUUUGGCUCCUGGAUGACCGAUCCGCUGGCCCCAGAAGGGGAUACUCGGGUCUGGUACAUGGAUGGUUACCAUAACAACCGCUUUGUGCGGGAGUACAAGUCUAUGCAUGACUUCAUGACAUCGGAUAACUUCACAUCCCACCGGCUGCCCCACCCAUGGUCGGGAACCGGUCAGGUAGUCUACAACGGUUCUAUCUACUUCAACAAAUUCCAGAGCCACGUCAUCAUCAAAUUCGACUUCCGAACCUCGUCGAUCAGUAAAUCCCGACAGCUCGACAACGCCGGGUUCAGCAAUGCAUAUCACUACGCUUGGGGAGGCCACUCUGACAUUGACCUAAUGGUAGACGAAGGAGGCCUGUGGGCGGUUUACGCUACAAACCAGAACGCCGGUAACAUUGUUAUUAGUAAGCUGAACCCCAACACUCUGCAGGUCAUCAAGAGCUGGACCACCAAUCACCCCAAAAGGAGUGCUGGCGAGUCUUUUAUGAUCUGUGGCACACUCUACGUCACCAAUGGCUACUCAGGAGGCACCAAGGUUUACUACGCCUACUCAACCAACUCCUCUACCUAUGAGUACAUAGACAUCGCCUUCCAGAAUAAGUACUCACAUAUCUCCAUGCUAGACUACAACCCCCGUGACCGUGCCCUUUAUGCUUGGAACAAUGGCCAUCAGGUCCUGUAUAAUGUGACACUGUUCCACGUGAUCCGCUCAGAGGAACUGUAAUGGACAUAGAUUCAAUGGCUACAUGGAUAUCAUCUGCAUAGAGAAGUAACUAUAUUCUAAUUAUAUCUGAAAAAAGAAAGACUUUAUAGCAAAGUACUUUAAAAGAGAAAUAAUAUCUGAGAGACUGCAUCAUCAGUGAAUGAGAAGCCAACUGAAUGUGUAUAUGAAUAAAAAAAAACUACAGUUAAAGGGUUUCAUUCCAAAAUGUAAAACUUUUCAUUAAGAAAAGCAAUUCGUUCAUAUCAACGAUUCAAAGAUUAUUGAAGGAAAAACAAACUAAUUUUGUAAAUAAAGGUCUCUAGACUUCUGACUUUACAAGGUGCUUUUAGAAGACUUUUACUUUGAAGCUCUCUUUAUUACAUUACAGGGAUAUUGUUAUGAUUUUCAUUAUGAUUGUUAUUAUUUUGGAAUGAAACUCUUUAUUUGUUUACUGUAUAGAAAAUGAUUGUAAAAGUAGAAUAUCUAUCAGACAUAGAAGAAUAAAAACAGAUGCCAAAAAAGAAGAAAAAGACAAAACCACGCCUUUUUUUUAUACAUAACGGAGUAUCAACCUAAGCACAUUCAUGUGGCUCCAGUUUCCUGCUGAAAUCCUUCCAAACAAACAUUUCUGUGGUCAAUGGGCAUCCAAAAACAAAGACUGUUCCUAAUAAACUGUUGAAGCCCCAGGUCCCUUUGGAUAAGGUGGGAGGUCAGUCUAGCCAGGAGACUCGGUAGCCUAAUGAAGGCGGUGUGUCAUAUUGUUUUUAAUCAGAGUACAGUAGCAAACCUAAAGCCUGUAGAGAAACAACAGUAAUAACAUCUAAAAUACCUAAAGGCACUGACUGUUGACAGCGCUGUUUUUUUCUGUAUUGGUGACUGUGUUACAAAAGGCUUUAUUUGCAUGAUUGUUUUCUAUUUUGAAUGUCUUUUCAUGCGUGAUCCAAUAAAAAGACUGAGAGGUCAAGAGGUAGGGUCAAUAGGGAUUUGAGGGUUUGUGAUUGUGUUUAAGUAUUUCCUGCUUCUUUUAUUUUUGUCUGUUUUGUUUACUUUGUUUAUUUCUUUUGCCAGAAUAUUCGUUUUUAAAUGUUCUUGUAUCACCAUGACUGUUGGCACUGGCUUUAAUUCACUGUAUCUUUUUUUUUUUUGACCGAGUAGGAGGAAUCUAUCCAGUUCACAUUUCUGAAUGAAAAAAAAAACAUAUAUCGAUAUACUAACAUCAGAAUGUAAGAAGUAAUGUAUUCUGGAGUAGAUUAAAUAAUCUCUUUAUGCGCCUAAGCCUGAGGGAUCCAUUUUUGUAGAGGAAAUGUCCGUCUCAUGUCAUGUCCCCCUACCCACUGCUAGUGAAGGAUAAUGUUGUUUAAAUGUGUAUUCUUACUGAAGACUGAAGCUUUUCACUCUUUUUGCGCUUUGCUGGACAUGUGUUGUAUCUGAAAUGAGAUAGUUAAUGAUUCGUGUCAAUAAACCAGAGAAAUCUGA